AGCAGGGGUCAAAGUUCAUAGCAGUAACCAUGGCGCCUUCCACUGGCAGGAUGGGACACGCACUAGUGGUGCUGCUGGUGCUGUGCUUCAGCGUUGAGGCUGUGGAUCGCGGUAACUUCAAAACAUGUGAGCAGAGCAGCUUCUGCAAGCGCCAGAGGGAGCUGAAGCCAGGCCAGUCUCCAUACAGAGCUCUGUUAGAUACCUUGGAGCUCAGCAACUCCAGGAUUACCCUACAGCUUAUUAAUGAUAAUAAUAAGGUGCGUCUGCUCUUGGAGCUGUACAGGCUGCAGGGCAACAUGACACGGGUUAAAAUCAACGAGCUGAAACCUCUCAGACCUCGUUAUGAGGUCCGGGAUGUUCUCAUCGCUGAUCCUUCGACCAAACCCAUGACGGUGGUGACUCAGGACAAAAACAGCGUGGUGCUCUCUCUGGGCGCCGACGAACAGCGGCUGAUCGUCAGCGCCCAACCCUUCCGUCUCGACAUCAUGGAGGGCCCUCAGGUACUGCUGUCCCUCAAUUCCCGUGGCCUCCUGGCCUUCGAGCACCUGCGUCUGCGCAAAGACACCAUCUCUCAUAAAAUAACAAGCACGUUCGGUAGCAUGUGGAACUCGAUCAAGAGCGCGUUCUCUAGUAAACAAGACGCAGAGGGAGCUGGUGGAUCAGAGAAUGCUGAGGAGGCAGGUGAUGAGGGUGAAGAGAGAGAUGAGGAGAAGCCUGGCAUGUGGGACGAGACAUUUAAAACCCACAGUGACUCAAAGCCCAAUGGUCCAACAUCCAUUAGUCUAGACUUCUCUUUUCCAGGCGUGGAACAUGUUUACGGCAUUCCCGAGCACGCAGACACUCUCAAACUGAAAAACACAGAUGGGAGUGACCCGUAUCGGCUUUAUAACCUGGACGUGUUCCAGUACGAGUUGCACAACCCCAUGGCCCUGUACGGCUCCGUACCUGUGCUCAUAUCCCACAAUGCUCAGCGUACCAUGGGUGUCUUCUGGAUGAAUGCAGCUGAGACCUGGGUGGACAUAACCUCCAGCACUUUGACGAUGUUCGGGAAGAUGCUGGACUUUGUCCAAGGUUCGAGUGAAGUCCCGCAGACAGACGUGCGCUGGAUUUCUGAGAGUGGCAUCAUUGAUGUCUUCAUCAUGCUUGGACCAACACCAAGUGACGUUUUCAAGCAAUACGCCUCACUGACAGGCACUCAGGCCUUCCCUCCUCUUUCCACUCUUGGAUACCAUCAGUGUCGCUGGAACUACAACGAUCAGGAAGAUAUAAAAGCUGUUGAUCAGGGAUUUGAUGAGCACGACAUCCCUUAUGAUGUCAUCUGGUUGGACAUUGAGCACACUGAUGGCAAACGCUAUUUCACCUGGGACCCUGAAAAGUUCCCACAACCCAAAGAAAUGCUUCAGGGACUCAUGGAAAAGAGACGCAAGAUGGUCACUAUUGUAGACCCUCACAUCAAAGUGGACAGUGGUUACAAAAUUCAUAAUGAAAUUCGCUCCAAGAAUUUUUAUGUCAAGAAUAAAGACGGAGCAGACUAUGAAGGCUGGUGCUGGCCAGGAAGUGCUGGAUAUCCCGACUUCACCAACCCUGAGAUGAGAGCCUGGUGGGCCAGCCAGUUUGCCUACGACCAGUAUAAGGGUUCCAUGGAGAACCUGUAUACGUGGAACGAUAUGAACGAACCAUCUGUGUUUAACGGGCCGGAGGUGACCAUGCACAAAGACGCACUGUUUGGCAGCUGGGAGAGCAGAGACGUGCACAACCUCUACGGGUUUUAUGUGCACAUGGCGACUGCUGAAGGCUUGAUCCAGCGCUCUGGCGGCACAGAGAGACCAUUUGUUCUCUCCAGGGCCUUUUUCGCAGGAUCCCAGCGCUAUGGGGCAGUAUGGACAGGAGAUAAUGCAGCUGAAUGGGGCCAUCUGAAGAUGUCCAUCCCCAUGUGUUUGAGUCUCGGAUUGGUGGGCAUUUCCUUUUGUGGAGCUGACGUUGGUGGUUUCUUUAAGCAUCCAAGCACCGAGUUGUUGGUGCGUUGGUACCAGGCCGGUGCAUACCAACCGUUUUUUCGUAGUCAUGCUCACUUGGACACCCCACGGCGUGAACCCUGGCUCUUUGGACCAGAAAACACGGCUCUGAUCAGAGAAGCAAUACGUCAGCGAUAUACCCUACUACCCUACUGGUACCAGCUCUUCUAUAACGCUUAUCAAACCGGACAGCCUGUCAUGAGGCCUCUGUGGGUGGACUAUCCUAAGGAUCCAGUCACAUUUACCAUUGAGAAUGAAUAUUUAAUUGGUAAAGAUCUGCUUGUCCAUCCUGUUACUGAUGAGGGCGCAAAGAGCGUCACAGCCUACCUGCCUGGGAAAGGAGAGGUUUGGUACGAUGUUCACACAUUCCAAAAACACGAAGGGGCUCAGAAUCUCCACAUUUCAGUCACCAUGAGCUCAAUCCCAGUGUUCCAACGUGGUGGCUCCAUCAUCAGCAGGAAGGCCCGCAUCAGGAGAUCCUCCUCCUGUAUGGAGAACGACCCAUACACCCUCUAUGUGGCACUGAGUUCUCAGGGCACCGCUGAAGGAGAGCUCUACAUUGACGAUUUCCACACCUUCAGCUUUGAAAAAGAAAAGCAGUUUAUCCACAGGCGACUGCACUUCUCUGAUAAUGUGCUUUCCUGCAGUAAUCUGGCUCCAGACUCAAAGUUCACCACAGCAGCAUGGAUAGAGAAGGUGAUAAUACUUGGAGCCACUCGGCCGUCUUCUGUCUCCCUGAAGCUCGCAGAUGGUGCCGAGUCUGCUGUGAAAUUUGAUUUUGAUUCUGCAGCGUCCAUGUUAACAUUGCAUAAACCUGCCGUCAAUGCAGGGUCUGACUGGACUGUGACCUUACAGUAAAACACACGCAUGGAGGUUACUAGGAUGUGAUCAAAUUUAUGCACACACUAUCAUCUUACCAGAAGGAGCAACUCAUUUCUUUUGACAAGAUUUGAUUCUUUCACACACAUGCACUGCGAAUGAGUGUGUGUGGAAUAUUUGUGUUUGGGAUUGUUUUAGGAUGGGAAUGUAAAUGGAGAAGGAUAAAAGAAAUAGGACCAUUAAAGAAGGGGAAAAAUUAAUUUCUCGUAAUUACGUUCCCAUUAGUGACUACUACAUCAUGUUUAUUUUAAAAGCAUUUGCAUCAAGUUUGAAUUAAGGAGAUGUAGGGGUCUCUGUAGAUGAUGUUGAUAGUGAAAGCGUAAUUGUUCCAUUUAAUUCCAUCGUUCAUAUUGAUAUUCAGUAUUCCAGUUUUCCACACGAGUAGUAAAAAAGAUUUUCCAAAUAUCACUGCUUGAGGAGUUAAAAUCUACACUGUAGAUUUGGUUUGGAAAGAACUUAACUUAAAUACAACCCCAGAUCAGAAAAAGUUGGGACGGUAUGUUGAAGUUGAAUGUAAAACUGAAAACAAUGAUUUGUGAAUAAUCUUUGACCUGUAUUGCACUCAGAACAAUACAACAGCACAUUAGUUGAUUUACCUCAUGAGUUUUGUUGUUUGGUGUGGUUUUUUUUUUCCAAAAUAAACACAUUUUGAUUCUUGUAACAUAUUUCAAAGUAAGUUGGGACGAUAAAAUAUUUACUACUUUGAAAUGUUUCCAUUCCUUCUCACAACACUUAAAAUAUAUUCAGAGCCUGAAGACACCAAGUGAUGAAGUGUUUCAGGUGUUAUUUUGCUCCAUUCUUCCUGCAAACAGGUCUCAAGGUGUGCAACAGUACGGGGUCGUCGUUAUCGUGUUUUUCAUUUCAAAAUUCUCCACACAUUCUCUACUGGGGACAGAAAGGACAGGCACCCUCUUCUUCCUCAGCCAUGUCUUUGUAAUGUGUGCACAAUGUGGUUUUGCAUUGUCUUGUUGAAAUCUCUCUGGAAAAGACAUCAUCUUGAAGGCAGAAUAUCUCAUCUCAUCUCAUUAUCUCUAGCCGCUUUAUCCUGUUCUACAGGGUCGCAGGCAAGCUGGAGCCUAUCCCAGCUGACGAUGGGCGAAAGGCGGGGUACACCCUGGACAAGUCGCCAGGUCAUCACAGGGCUGACACAUAGACACAGACAACCAUUCACACUCACAUUCACACCUACGCUCAAUUUAGAGUCACCAGUUAACCUAACCUGCAUGUCUUUGGACUGUGGGGGAAACCGGAGCACCCGGAGGAAACCCAUGCGGACACGGGGAGAACAUGCAAACUCCGCACAGAAAGGCCCUCGCCGGCCACGGGGCUCGAACCCGGACCUUGCUGUGAGGCGACAGCGCUAACCACUACACCACCGUACCGCCUGAAGGCAGAAUAUGUUUCUCCAAAAUCCCAAUGUACUUUUCUGCAUUAAUGCUGCCAUUACAGAAGUGUAAGUUACCUUUGCCAAAGGCACUGACACAACUCCAUACCAUGACGCACCCUGGAUUUUGGGCUUGUUGCUGGGAACAGUCUGGAUGGUCCUUUUUGUCUUUGUUCCGGAGCAUACUGAAAUUCCUCCUUAUUCUUUGAAUCGGUUAAUGAUGAUAUGUACCAUAGAGGGUGAAAUAUUCAAACCGCUUCCUGUCUUUCUUUGAAUAACAUCCAUCCAUCAUCUGUAGCCACUUAUCCUGUUCUACAGGGUCGCAGGCGAGCUGGAGCCUAUCCCAGCUGACUAUGGGCGAGAGGCGGGGUACACCCUGGACAAGUCGCCAGGUCAUCACAGGGCUGACACAUAGAGACAAACAACCAUUCACACUCAGUCAAUUUAGAGCCACCAAUUAGCCUAACCUGCAUGUCUUUGGACUGUGUAGGAAACCGGAGCACCCGGAGGAAACCCAUGUAGACACGAGGAGAACAUGCAAACUCCACACAGAAAGGCCCUCGCCGGCCACUGGGCUCAAACCCAGAACCUUCUUGCUGGGAGGCAACAGCGCUAACCACUACACCACCAGGCCGCCUCUUUUUGAAUAAGGUGGUGGAGGGUUUUUUGUUUUGUUUUUUAAAGCAUUUCAAUAAUUUUCUCAUGCAUUUGUCGACAAACUGGAGAGCUUCAGCCCAUCUUUGCUCCUCAAAGACUAGGCCUUUCCUGGUUACUGAUUUUCUACCAAAUCAUGAUUACAAUCACCUGUUGACAUCACCUGUUUCAAAUCAUAUCUUAUUAUUUAACUGUUUUACCUCAUUACUAGCCCUGAAUUUCCCCGUCCCAACUUUUCUUUUUUGGAAUGUGUUACAGGCCUGAAAUGCGGGAAUGGAUUAUGUUAACAAAUUGAAUGAAGUUGACCAGACAAAAACAUAAAAUAUCUUGCGUUCGUACUGUCUGCAAUGAGCUACAAGUCAAAGUAAAUUCAGAAAUCACAACUUUCUUUUUUAUUUGCAUUUUCCAUACCAUCCAUCCAUCAUCUGUAGCUACUUAUCCUGUGCAAGGUUACAGGCAAGCUGGAGCCUAUCCCAGCUGACUAUGGGCGAGAGGCGGGGUACACCCUGGACAAGUCGCCAGGUCAUCACAGGGCUGACACACAGAGACAAACAACCAUUCACACUCACACCUACGGUCAAUUUAGAGCCACCAAUUAGCCUAACCUGCAUGUCUUUGGACUGUAGGGGAAACCCACACAGACUCGGGGAGAACAUACAAACUCCACCCAGACUCCUUUGUCGAUCACUGGGCUUGAACCCAGGACCUUCUUGCUGUGAAGCAACAGUGCUAACCACUACACCACUGUGCCGCCCCAGUUUCCAUACCAUCAAAACUUUUUCUGAUUUGGGGUUGUAGUCGGUUAAACUGAGCCAUAGACCAUUUCAGUAUAUUUACUACCUGAUUUAUUACAGGUUUGGAGAAAGACGUCUUUCUGAGGCGACCUCCAUUAUGACUUGAAUAAAAUGCAGCCACUGGUUUACGCUGAUUAUUCAGUUUAAUUUACUACAUAUUUUUAUAUUAUUGUUAACAAUUGGGUUCUGGUUUCUUUAUAUUUACAUGUCCUCCCUAUUUCUUUUGAACAUUCAUGACUAAAGAAUGGCUGUUCAAAACAUAGAUAUCCAUAUAAGUGUCAGUGGAGGUGUUAAGAUUGUAUUUGAGCUGUGUAAAGUGACAGAAGUUGACUGUAUCCCUGACCAAAGCAUUAAUUCAUUCCAAGGCCUUUCAAUCUCAAUAAAAACUCAAUCAGUUCUUAAGGUUUUGAUAAACCUUGUAUCUGUAUGGAUCCAGAACUCUGUUAUACUGAUAAAAGUUCAGGUAACUUUCUAAAGAUAAGAUGGGCCAGUCUGGGAAAAAAAAAAAAUUUAUGUCAAUGUCUGGCUCUUAAACACAUGGAUGGCUUCAAUAAAGAUGAUCAUGAUGAUGA